GUUCCCGCGCGAAUUUCAAAAAGGGCAGUGAAUUUUGUACUUGUUGUGAUUGUACUUGCUUUUGGUACUUAUUGCACUAAAAAGCAUUCUUGGUCUACUUUAACUAAGAGUUCUUUGGUUAAAGUUUGAAAUUUUUGCUACAUUUUGUCCUGGGUACCUGUUUUUAGUCCUUGACUAACACUUGUAUUCAUAUUGUUAUCAUUUUUUGUUUUUAAACCUUUUAAAUCGAAUUACAAUGGUUGGUAAGACUCACAAAUGUGGGCAACCAAACUGUUUGUUCCCUGUGGAAGAGGGGAUGCAGUGUGACGAAUGCCAUAAGUGGUUCCACAAAAUGUGCACCCGCUUAAGUCCCACCGCAUACAAAAGAUGCUCGAAGCCUAACUCACAUUGGCUUUGCAUGUUUUGCUGUACCAACAAGGCAUUACUAAUACAGGAGGCUAUGAGCCUGUUGGCUUUGGCCUGUAAAAAGAAGGAUGGCAUAUGCGCCGACAACACGGGCACUGACAGCGACGAAUGUGUCAGUGUAGUACCUGCUGUUACGCGACGCCUCAAAAAAUCGACUCUGACUGACGUAAAAGUGGAAUCUUCGUUGACAUUAACAGGGGGAGUAGUACCAUCUGGUACUGACAUUGUUAAUAAUGCACCUUUAAUGGAAACCGAAGAUCUGGAUAAAACAGUCACCGUUCCAAAUAGUCCCAGUGUUAUGAGGGAUGAAAUAUGGAAUACGGUACGUAGGAAACGAACCGAAAAGAAAAAAGCUGUAAGCAGUACACAGGUAGUUAGUAACUUACUGGUGGACUCAAAUUGUGAGCCACAAAUUGCACUACCAAGAUCUGAAGGUAAGAGUGAAACCCAUCCUGGCGUGACUGAGAAGAAAAAUCUAAUAACAUCGAAUAUUAUUGUGAGCAAAUUGCGGGAGUCAAACGACUCUGAUCCGAAAAUUAGACACGCGCAUGACUUAGAAAAGCUAGGAGAAUACAUUCGUAGUAUUUUACCAGAUAACUCCAAAGGAGUUCAGGUCAAAAAAAUUGGUAAGAAUAGGCAAGAGGACCGAGGACAAUGUUGAACCCCGUCCAUGCAGACUCCCUAAGGUAAUCCUAGGAUCGGAGAAGCAACGGGAUCUCUUGUUAAGUAGCGCUCGUUGUCAUGACAAUUCUGACAUCCGAGCUAGACCUGACAUGUCUCUCGAAGAUAGAAUAAAAAGGAAGAAAGCACUAGCUGAACUUGAAACCCGUCGGCAAAACGGCGAGGAAAAUCUCCGACUAGUGGGUUUUCGGAUUGUCAGGUCUUGGAAGUGAAUGCUACCAAGGCCUGUGUGGAUAGGCUGUUCUACUUAGGAGUUUUAUAUGCCAACGCUCCUAGUUCACGAAAUAAGCUCUAUGAACUAGAAGCACUAGUAGACAGGUUAAAGCCACUCAUAGUAGCAGUGACAGAAACUUGGUUGGUCCAUGACUUAGACAUUACUCCAGAAUUAUCCGGAUACCAUUGCAUCAGGAGUGAUAGACAUAGAUGUAGAAAAGGAGGGGGCGUCCUGUUAUAUAUCGCCAAUGGCAUAAAUAUCCGCUCCUUUACUAGCGAAUCCCAUGAUAGCGGCACUUGUGAAGUCAUUAGCUGUAAGUUGGCAAUAGGAUGUAGUACAUUUAUGCUAGGUGUCAUCUAUCGGAGCCCAAUCUGCUUAGCUGAUGACUUUGUUUUAGAGCACAUUCAUCUUUGGAGUGAUAAUACCAGGUGCUUGAUAAUAGGAGACUUUAACGCACCUGAUAUUAAUUGGACUGAUAUGACCACAGAAGGAUCUAUAAACUCCUUUGAUAGUAGGUUACUGAUAACAUUGAUGGAGCAUGCACUAGUGCAGCAUGUAUCCCAACCCACACGUUUUGGUGUUAACCAGGGUUCUUCUCUGCUGGAUUUGGUAAUCACUCAUGAGACUGAGGAUAUUGUCGACUUAAAUAUUCUUCCACCGUUAGUAAACAGCGAUCACGCUGUCUUGUCAUUCGCGUUUAGAACUAGGGACAUGUUAUACGAUCAGGUUACACCGCGCCCAAAUGUAUGGAAAGCUAACAUAUCAGCCAUUCAGGAAUGCGCUGCUAAGACAGAUUGGUUAGUAGAUACUAGCAUAUCAGUUGAAGAAGCAUGGUCUGUAUUUAAAGGUAAAUUUAGACUAGUUACGUCCCCGUUCAUACCAUACCUGGUACCGCGAAGACCGAAAAAUAGUCCACCAUGGAUAACUAAAACGGUCAGGAAACUCCUUAGAAAAAGGAAGAAUCACUGGAAUAUGUUCAUCUCUACUGGCUUAGAACAAUACAGAUCCAGUUAUUGUAAGAUUAGGAAUGCCUGUAAAGCGUUAAUAAGCAAGACUAGACAUUCAUACGAAAAACAAUUGGUUAGGGAUUCUAGAUAUAGUCCGAAACGGUUAUUCUCGUAUAUAAAAAGGCGAACUAAGAGAAGAGAUGGAAUUCCAUCACUUUUGACACAAGACAAUCCGUUAAUCUUAGCAGAGAAUGAUGCCGAAAAAGCUGAAGCUUUAUCGGAAUAUUUUAGUAAAGUGUUUUCUAUCGGUAAUGAGGAACGACCAAUGAUUCAUUGUGACCGUGACGGCUCGCUGAUGGAUCCUGUAGUCAUUGAGAAAGAUACUGUUUUAAGGCUACUUCAGCAUCUCAAACCUGAUAAGUCCAGUGGUCCCGAUGAUAUUCAUCCUAGGAUUAUGAAAGCCAUAUCAGGUGAAAUCGCUGAACCAUUAGCGAUACUAUUCGACAUGUCUCUGAGACAGUCCAGACUUCCUAGAGACUGGAAAGACGCCAUAAUAAGUCCGGUGUAUAAGGCUGGGAGUAGGGAUUUAGUUAGUAACUAUAGACCCGUUAGCUUAACUAGUGCAGUUGUGAAACUGAUGGAGAAAAUCAUUCGGACAGCUGUUAUAAACUAUGUUGAAGGGCAAAAUCUUUUCUCCAGGGCACAACAUGGUUUUCGGAAAGGCCUAUCUUGCUUGACAAAUCUUUUCAUUGUACGAGAAGAGUGGGCUGCGGCAAAGGAUCGGAAUGCUUGUGUGGAUGUAAUUUUCAUAGAUCUAAGUAAAGCCUUUGAUAAGGUUUCACACUCUGGUCUUAAAUUCAAACUGAAACGUUUUGGAAUCCAUAACACAGUCGUCGAUUGGAUAAGUAACUUUCUCCAUGACAGGAGACAAAGGGUAAGGGUUAAUGGGGCUCUCUCCUCGUGGGUACCUGUAAAAAGUGGGGUUCCCCAAGGCACAAUCCUAGGUCCUCUUCUCUUUUUACUUUAUGUAAAUGAAUUGCCAACUGUAGCAAAAUCAUCCGUUCUACUCUUCGCUGAUGACAUAAAGAUUUGGAGACCCAUACAUAGUAUGUCGGAUAGAAUAGUAUUACAGGACGAUCUUAGCUCAUUGGUGGCAUGGUUAGACAGGUGGUCACUAGAAGUAAAUCCUAAUAAGAGUGUAGUGAUGCAGUUAAAUAACUCAGAUGAAUCGUAUGACUAUACACUACGUGGAUUCGUGCUACCCAAAGCAAGAAACUAUAAAGACUUAGGAGUUAUAUUAAGCAAUGAUCUCAAAACGACUAGUCACUGUAAGGCUGCUGCUGCAAAAGGCUAUAGGGUAUUAUGGUCAAUUCGUAGGUCUUUCCAGUAUUUAGAUGAUGAAAUGUUUGGAUUACUAUACCCGAUUUAUGUGCGACCACAUUUAGAAUACGGGAUUCAAGCAGCGAGUCCUUGUUUCAAAUAUGAAGCAGAUAUGCUAGAAAGAGUCCAACGACGAGCUACUAAGAUGGUACAAGGUCUAGCUGGCCUAUCUUAUGAAGACAGACUGAGACACCUUAACUUAUUUCCGUUAUCUUACCAUAGAGUACGGGGUGAUCUAAUAUUGGCUUAUCGUAUACUGAACGAUGACCUUGGUAUUAACAUGUCUUAUCUUUUGCUUCCGUCUAGAACCGAUCAUUUGAGAGGACAUUCGAAGAAAGUUCAAAAACCGAGGUCAAACCGUUUACGUCUGGAGUUCCGUUUCUCGCACCGAGUAGUGAAUUACUGGAAUUCCCUACCGGAACACGUAAUAUCAGCACCGUCUGUUAAUAUAUUCAAAACGAGAUUGGACCUCCACAGUAUUACAAACUGCAAGGAUUAAUAUAGGUCGACAGACCUCCUAUCCUUAUUACUGAAGACUGAAGACUGAAGACUUUGUGGUAAAUGAGACAAAAACAAGUACAAAUCUUUAUGAAUUAUGUAUAGUUGUGUUAUAAGACAUAACUUACUACUAUAUAAACAUGCCACAAGUAUUCG